UAAUUGCCUAGAUUUAUACAACUACCCGAUUCCUCCCCGAUUCCUCGCUCAUGUCCCGACCCCGACCCAAAUCGUCGCCUCCUUCAACAUCUCCGCCAAAUCGACGGAGCUUCUCACGGUGCUUGGGCUUCGGUCAGGCGACAUCUACACCGGCGAUCUCGUGGAGGACGCUGCGACCGGGUGCAGAGACCUCUGACUCCGUCACCAGCGGAGCUAACGCCGCGCAAGGGUUUACAGAGGCGACGAGGAAAGGAAAGGGCAAGGGCAAGGUGAGGAAGAUUCUUGUGAUACGGAAGGCCCGCGGACAGAGUAGACGAGGAGGCGGGAUGGACGCAUGGUACUGUUCGUUGUCCGAGAGUGCAGUGCCUACUGGAUCUACCUCGAGAGAUUUUCGUUUCUAUGUCAUUCGGUUUGUAUCAGAGCACACUCCUAAGGGACAACAUGCGCAAGCCAUCUUGACAAGAACUCGACUACUUCGGCCUUCAAAUAAAGGUAAAAGAAAGCUUGAGUAAGAGGGGGCAGCAGGAGCAGUGCUUGGUGGGUGUGUGUGUCGGAACCGUGGAGGAAGAUCCUGGAACUUGCUAGUGCAAGGAAUAUGUUAAACCUUGGUGUAGUGUAUUUUCCUAUCUUUUGGCUAUGCAUGAAACACACACUGUUAAGAAUUGCUUAGGAUGAUUUACAGUUUGGUAGUAAUUAGUGUGUCAUAAAUUCUUCCUCAAGAAAAGGGA